AUGGUAGCGGUUCUGGAAAAACGGAUUGGAUCCAUCCCCCAGUUUGUUGUUGGAAAAACUCGUGGAACUGAAUUCCAUAUGAUUUUCGAUGUACUACUGAAUGGUCGCGUCGAGUACAGCGUCAAGUUCUUCGGUUCCCAGGAAGUCAAAGAAGCUAAAGGUACAAAAGCGAUACGCGACGCGAUCCAUGCAAUACAGUUUCAAAAUGGGGUGAAACGUUUUGAAUCCACACAAGCAGGAGCUAAACUUCAAAAAGUUGACAUUCAAAUCAAUGUGGAAGGGGUUACGAUAGUCGACUACAAGACGAAGAUGGCACUUCAUCGCUAUCCCCUUCAGAAGAUAUCGUUUUGUGCCGACGACAAGCAGGACAAACGUAUUUUCUCGUUUAUCGCGAAGUCACAAUCAGAUCCGGACAAGCAUGAGUGCUUCGUAUUUCUUAGUGAUAAGAUGGCUGAACAAAUCACAUUGACUGUGGGGGAGGCGUUCGAUUUGGCGUAUAAGAGGUACUUGGACAAGAACAGAACUUCGCUGGAGAAUCAGAAGCAGGUGUUCGUCCUUCGAAAAAGAAUAGCUGAAUUGGAGGCCGAAAAUCAAGUGCUCAGUCAACGGCUGGCUGAAGCGAUUAGAGCAAAUAAAACUCCGCAGCUAUCACUUCUCGACACACCCGCUUUACCAUCAACUCAAUGCCAAAUCUGUCCACCCCGGAUAAGUGCGAAUGUAAGCAGGCUGUCUAUUCUACACCUCACAACACACAAGUGCUGCCGAACCGAUCCUUUCAUUGGCCUUGUCACUGCUCCAUCCGAGUUCGCACCGACUGUUAAUACUAACACUCAGCUUAAUGGCCAUAACAUUCCACAAACCGUUAGGUCUAGCUGUUACCUUUCGGGCCGGCCUUCCAUCGGUCUUUCUCCACCUCCUAUUGUCCCUGGUUCUCGACCAGCGCUCCUCCCCCCUCCUACCGCUGUUGUUCCCCAGCCAAGGAGAUCAACCUGCUCGUGCGAAUACACAUGUUGCCUGCUUCCUGUAGAUCCGUUCGGUGAUGAUUUCCUCGACAAUGUUCUGCGACUUGGCGACGAGGCAGGACGCUCAACAAUGGCACAAAUUGAUGCAGCGCAACCCACAGCGGCAGACUUCCAAAAGAUGAUCGACAAAGUUGAUAAAAGGCUAGCCGAGAUGUCAACGGCUUUUCCGAAGGACAUCUGGAGAUGGGCCAAGUGUCCCCCAGGUGAAUCGCUUGGUGACUUGGAGGAGAACGAGUAUGGAACACCGGUGGAUAAAGUGAACAGUGUUGUGAUGACGGGUAAAAAAGCCUAG